AUGACCAGCCAAUUACAGUUUGUCCAGAAUUUUGAGAAGGAUAGCUGCUAUGUGAGUUUGCUAAAUGAUUAUGUUGAAUCUGAAUUCUUUUUGAUUGAUGGAGAUUCCUUGAUGCUGAAUUGCGCUACUGACACUUCAUUGAAGCCAAGACAGAAUCUGCAUUUCUUUUUCUUGAUAGAGCGUUUUCUACUUAAUUUAAAAAACAAAGGAGCAAAAUUUUCAGUUGUCUUCUUUGAGGAGAUUGAAUAUUUUUAUCACAAAAGACCUGAUCUAAUGUCUUUACGGACUCAACUGAAACUACACCUGGAGAAAAAUACAGAUACAGACAUUUAUACUUUUUCCAACUUUUUAUCCCCAUCAUGGAAUAUGUUUCUCAGUGAUAAUUAUCCUUAUUUUUUAAUGGUAUCUGAUGAAGGAAUUAAUGUUUCUCAGACAUAUUUUUUAAAUCUGCUAAUGCUCAAUGCUCUGGGAAACAAAAUAAAUGUUGUCCUCAUUGCUGGACAAGAGGUUGAUAACCUUAGAGUGUACGGAUUCCAUAUAAAGUGUGGGAGACAUCAAAGGUUAUAUAUGGAGAAGAAAACAGCACAGAUUGAGGAAGUUUCUAAAUUGUUAAUUUCAUUUGCCAAAACAUCUCAUGAAGUUUCUUUGCAGAAAUUUUCUCCACAUUUAUGUUUAAAGAGCAUGAAUACAAAGAUUGCUGAAAGCAUUGAUCUUCUGACUACCCUUUGGCAUGAAGAAUCUGACAUUAGACUCAUUUCCUGUGUUGUUUCUUGUGCUGUGGCAAUGGAACUUUAUGGAGACAUUUCAAAACUACACCAGGAAACAAGUGAUGAACAAAACCCAGGUAGCAGCUCUCAGGAGGACAUUACUUUUCUAACACUGGAUGAGGCAGCUGACCUUUGUAAAAUGUAUUGUCUGAGCAUUGCAUUCUUGCUCGUUCUGCCUCUUUCCCAAAGAGCAAAUUGUAGAAAUAUAAAAGCAACUUGGAACAGACAUGCUUUUUCUUUCCUAGUAUUGAAAGCAAGUUGUGAGAACAUUACUUUAAAGACACUGGAGAAACUUUCCAACUGGAAGAUAACUUGGACAACGAUUACUGACAUACAUGACAAUUUACUGUUGAAAAAUAUAGCUUAUUACUAUGAAAAAGAUUGCUGCACUGAACUGGAAUUGAAACUUGGCAAUGAAAUUGAGCAAAAAUAUAAAUAUUUGUGGAACACUGUGUUGCAGUUAGUUCCACAACAUAUGGGUUUACUAUCCACUGACCAUCGGACAACUUCAACACCAUUCCUGUCAAAAGAAUCAACGGUGGAUGCAAAAAAUACAGAAAUACCAUCUGCUGGUCUAAUACCGAUAGAGUCAGAAGUUGUUGAAGAGUAUGCUGGAGACAUUAUUAAAGAACUACCAUUUUUAAGCAGAAAUGAUCCAGUGGUUACUUCAUUAACGGAAAGAAAAACAUAUGAUGAGCUCCAUCACUGGCAUUCCGAACGGCCGCUCAGUGAUGACUAUGACAGGACAAAAGACAACUUUACUGGAGGCAAAAAAGAUAAAUAUGAGCUUAAAAGUUAUCAAAAGCAGCAGACUUUUCAACGUUUUUAUGGACAAUAUUUAGGAGUCAAAACCUCCAAGAAAAUUACAGUACAAAAAUAUCAACCAGAGAAGAAAUUUACAAUAGAGAAAAAUCUUGUGAAGAAAAAGGAGCUUCAAAAGACCAAAAAAGAUAAAAUCAUAGAGGAAAAUCAGAAGAGGAUUAAUAUUAAAGAGGAAAAUAAGGAAAGCGAACAAUGGAAAUCCAUGGGUCCUUCACUUGAAAAAGCGAUUAGAGAGAAUUUUGAAGCUGGGAUAAAAAGUAUGGAAGGUUUAAUUAAAACUUUUCAGAAACGUUCAGUGAAGUUUUUAGCAGAAGUAUCGGCGUUAAAAACCAGCUCUGAUGUGUGGCUUGAACACUGCAAAACUCAAAGUAGUGUUGAAGAGGAGAGAAAUAUAAAUAUAGCAGUUGAAAUAAUGAAGAGGAUACAGAUCAUUCUAAAUAAAUAUAACGAUAUGUUGCAGAAAGAGGAUCUACAGAGGAUAGCUAAAUAUCUUAGUACUCUGGGUUUUGAGAACUUGGCAUCUUUGUUGAAGUCAACAAAGGUUACUGGCACUGAAGUUGCAAAGAUGGAAGGUGAAUAUUCAGUUGGAGUUGAUGCAGCACGUUUCCAGAUGACUUAUAUGGGUCAUUUUUUAUUAAGAGAUGAAAGAACAGAUCCUGACCCACGAGUGCAACAUUUUAUACCAGAUACAUGGCAGAGGGAACUUCUUGAUGUAGUUGACAAUAAUGAGUCUGCAGUGAUAGUUGCCCCUACAUCUUCAGGGAAGACCUAUGCAUCAUAUUAUUGCAUGGAAAAAGUCCUGUCCCAAAGUGAUGAUGGCAUUGUUGUAUAUGUUGCCCCAACAAAGGCUUUGGUAAAUCAAGUGGUGACUACAGUUACCAAUCAGUUUAACAAAGAUCUUCCAGAUGGUAUGGCAGUUUGUGGUGUCUUCACAAGGGAUUACAGAACAGAUGCAUUAAACUCUCAGGUGUUGGUUACAGUGCCACAGUGUCUUGAAAUCCUACUAUUGUCUCCCCAUCGGCAACAAUGGGCAAAGAGGAUAAAGUAUAUAAUAUUUGAUGAGAUCCAUUGCUUGGGAGGAGAAAUUGGAGCAGAGGUUUGGGAACACCUUCUAGUGAUGAUUCGAUGUCCAUUUUUGGCUUUGUCUGCAACAAUCAGUAAUCCAGAACACCUUACUGCAUGGCUGCAAUCUGUAAAGCAAUAUUGGCAAAACAGGGAUGAAAUAAUAGAGAGCACUAAUUCCUUUGAGUGUACAAAGAAAAGAGGAAAAAGGCAAACUUUAAACAAGGAAAAGAAGUCUUACAGAGUUCAUUUGGUGUUAUAUGAGAAGCGAUACAAUGAUCUGGAAAAGUAUGUCUGUUCUCUGGAGAAUUCCAGUAUUAAUUUUGAACACUAUCACCCAUGCGCUGCUCUAACACUAGAACAUAUGGAGAAAUAUGGAAUUCCAAGAGAUCUCGAUUUUAGUCCUCGAGAAAGCAUACAGCUAUAUGAUACUAUGGUGACCACAUGGGCAGAUUGGCCCAACAAAGAGGAAUUGGAUCCAGAACAAUAUUUACAUUUUAAGGACAAAAUAGCGAUUACAAAAAAUGAUGCAAAACAAUAUGAAGAUGAUUUGAAGAAAGAAUUAAUUAACUGGAUUAAGAAUGGGAACAAGGAAAAGGUAUCCAAAGUGCUUAUAAGUGUUCGACCCGCUGAACCUCAUGAUGAUCAAGACUCUUGUCUAUCCCAAUUCCCAUUGUUUGUGGAAAAACUGAGAGAAGAAGAUAAACUGCCGGCUCUUUUUUUUGCCUUUAAUAUUGGACUUGUCGAAGAUCUAACAAUUAAUUUAAGAACAUUCCUGCUGAGGAAACAGAAAAUGAAGCAAAAAAAAAUGACUGAAAAACAAGUUCAGAAACUUACAAUUCAAGAAAAGAAGUUAGAAAAAUCUCUCAAAAAAGGACCAAGACAUUCAAGAACAGUUGAUUCACUUGUGACUGAGGCGGCCAAUUAUAAUGCGAUAAGAAAAAAACUUCAGAAGAACUGUGAAAUACCUCCUGACUGUACUUAUGCAGAUAAGCGAGCUGCAAAUGAGGAGACAUUAAGAGACAUUUUUUUUGCAACAAGAAGAGGAAGAUAUGCUGCCAUUCUACGAGCUCUUGCACUUAGAGGCAUUGGCUUUCACCAUGGAUCUGUGGAUGCAAAAGGAAGACAGCUUGUUGAAAUAUUAUUCAGGAUGGGAUACAUAAGAGUUAUAACAGCUACAGGAACACUGGCUCUUGGAAUCAACAUGCCAUGUAAAUCAGUGGUUUUUGUUGAUGAUUCGGUUUACCUUGAUGCACUCAACUACAGACAAAUGUCUGGACGUGCUGGAAGACGUGGUGAAGAUGUAAAGGGAAAUGUUUUCUUUUUCAACAUUCCCUUGCCUAAAGUUAAAAAGCUUCUGAAAUCUAAUGUCCCCCAGCUAAAGGGUCAGUUUCCAUUAAGCAUAACUUUGGUCCUAAGACUUAUGCUUUUGGCAGAAAAAGCAGACUACAUAAUGGAUGCCAGAGCUAAGGCUCUAUCGGUCUUGAAGCACUCUCUGAUGUCAUUUAAACAACCACUUGAAAUUCACAUGCUGAAGCUAUACUUUCUAUUUUCAUUACACUUCUUAAUACAUGAGGGGUAUCUCGACCAAAAAUGCAGUCCUAUGGGAUUUACCGGAUUGGUUACUCAUUUACAUUACCAUGAACCUGCAAAUUUUGUCUUUGUCAGUUUUCUCGAAAAGGGUCUGUUUCAUCAGUUGUGCCAGCCAGAAAGCAAAGACCAAAUACAUUUCUCAAAUUCUGUUAUGGAAAGUCUAGUGCUGGUGUUGUCAAACCUGUUUGGAAGAAGAUAUCAUGCACCAUCUAAGUUGAAAAGUAAAGGCACAUUUUCCCAGUCAAAGGUUUUCCUUGACAACCUUCCAGAUGACUUUGCAGCUGUCCUUAAAGAAUAUAACAAAAAAAUUUCAAGAAUAUUUGGAAAUUGCCUUCUUACAGUUUCUAAACUUGCAGAUAUGGAACAGGAAUGCAUACUCCCCCUGUCAAAAAUCAGUUUCUCAGGUGAAAAGCUUACGGAUUCAGAACUGACAAAUCAUCUGAUGUCUUGCACUGAAGGAAGAAGUGCUAUUUCUCCAUUUGCAUGUCUGUCUGGCAAUACUGAUCAGGAUUUAUUUAAUGUGGCAAUUGUUAACAGUCUUCUGUUGCAAACUGCUUACAUUAAUGAAAGAAACAUUCCUAAAAUGUAUCUGAGGAAAGUAGAUGCUUGUGGGAGGACAAUGCUGCUUAAUUCGUACGUGCUUGACUUCUUCAAACAUGGCUCCUUGCAUGCCAUUGUAAAAGAAAACGGGUUUAAUGAAGGAGAUGCCUUUGUCCUGUUGAAGGAUUUUAAGCUUGCUGUUGCUGCUAUAAGUGUGUCUUUAAAGGAAAUGUGUGAAGAUGAGAAUGACAGAGUCGUGUUGGCUUUUGAGCAGCUUCAUGAGAUGUUCAAGGAAAAACUAGAUGCCGUGGCCCGUGUAAAAUAGGCCUCAACAUUUUGUUUUUUAUACACAGCAAUGACUUUCUGCCUAUUUUGCCUAGAGAUACCAAAGACACAUUUUGGACAUUCAUGUAGACCACUGAUUUGUUUUUAUUUGCAUGAAAUAUGAAAGUAAAUUCUUAUAAUACAAUUAUACAAAAAUAAAAAUACUGAACUAUGAAAGAA